GCCUGACUAACAUGGACUGUCCGUUAGCACUGUGUCAAGCCUAUUGGGCUAAAGUGGACUGUCCAAUAACCAGCCCAUUGCAACCGGGAAGCGCAUCCAAGCCCCAUGUAAAGCGACAAGCAUUUUAGCAAGAUCGUCCGGAAAAUUGAGGCGUUUUAAGUACCUUUAACUCAUGGAAUCCUGGUUCCUUGCAAGGAGGAUCUUCUGGCAUCGGCUGCGGUCUCAAAUAUCAGGCAAGAUGCAUAUCCGAUGUCAAAGCGGACACGGAUCACACCAGGUUCAUACCGGAACCCUCAAUCUCAGGGAAGAAAAUGAUAUUUUGUUCCUAAAUUAAUUUGGUUUAAUUCAUGAUCACAGUGUUUAAGUUUUGUCAUAUUAUCUAAUAGAACUGAAAUCUGCCAGGUUCAGCUGAUUCGGCUAUCUUCAGGCGGAACAGAGCUCAUUUGCGAGGGCUUGUUUUUGCAUCGUAACGAGAUCUGGGACCUAGCUUCAUGUCCCUUCGAUCAACGGAUUUUCUCAAUCGUUUUCUCUACUGGCGAAUCCUAUGGGGCUGCAAUUGGCAGAUCCCAGAGUUACAUGGGAAGUUAAAUUCACCCCAUUUGGACGAAUUACCUCCCUUGAUGCGCAUGUUGAUUUUGUUAUGGAAACCUGGGCGCAAUCUAAGGUGUCAGCUGGCAAAUGCAAUUGAGCGUGCCCAUAUCCACAAUGCUAACUAUGAUGUGAAGAAAAAGAAUAUGCUUGUCACUGCAGAAGAUGAAUCCGGAAUACACAUAUGGGAUCUGAGAAAGCACAAAUUUCCUGUCAAAGAGCUUCCUGGACAUACCUGGAUAUGGGUUGUCACGUGUAACCCAGAGUGUAAUGGGCUAAUUCUGAGCGCUGGCACAGACUCAACUGUUAACUUGUGGCUGGCUCCUGCAUCUGCUGGAGAUGAAUCAACCUCUGAAAGCAUAGCUGAAUCACCCACUCAACAGGCUGACCCAUUACAUAAUUCGUACGGUGAUUAUGAAGACAGCGUAUAUGGCCUUGCCUAAAGUUCGCGUGAGCCGUGGAUAUUUGCUUCUCUAUCCUAUGAUGGCAGGGUGGUCAUAGAAUCAAUUAGGCCUUUCCUCUCAAGAAAAUGAAGGUUAUUUGUUGUCCUUAUUCUUCAGGAAAGUUUCCAAUUAUCAACGGCAGUGCUCAAGGUGAUGAAUUAUGCCCAAAAUAUAUAGGCAACUUACAGCUUGAGUACGGUGAUACAGCUUAACAUGAAGAGGGGUAGCGCGUACAUGAAUGGGGGCAGUUGACUUGAAAAUUGUGUUUCAUGACUUUUGCGGCCACUGUAUUCUUGAUUCGGAUUCAUACUAGGAGUAUAGUUACUAACCAUCUGUUCAAUGAAAACUGAACCACGUCUUUGUUGUUCUCUUCUCGUGUUUAUUUCAACAAUGUCUUUAAAAUAUCUGUAGAAAAGUUUCGAAAUUGUACCCUGAACCAGCACCAAACCAGCCACACUGUUCAUAAACUAGUUCUCUGCACAAGUAAUAAAAGAUUCUGCUUGCAAAUGAAUGUAGUUGCACAGAUUCUAUUUGUGUUUUAUCAGGGUAUGGUAAAAGCAUUAACUGGAUAAAAAAUUGCAUGAUUUCUUUAUAUGUUGGAGAAAAGCUAGCCAUAAUGAGAAAACAGAAAGACCGUGAUCUUAAGUUCACGAUUGGGUAUCAUCGAACCCCUUUUCGAGUCUGAAAAUAAUAUUGAACUUGUGGUUGUGAUUUACUGAAUUGUGAAGGAGAAGCUGAUGCAAACAUGAAAAAGCAAGCCUCGGAUAACAACACGACCACUAGUAAAAUGCAAGCUUUGUGUUCUACGCAAAGCCUGGAGUGCGAGGGAGAAAACAUUGGAUAAAGGAGUCAUUUGGCAGCAAUCGCUCGACAAAAGUACAAGGCCACAAUCAAUAAAUAAGAUUUGGUUAUAGUGCACAGCAUCUAGAAUUCUUAAAGCGACAUGAAGCAUAUCCAAAAGCACAGGAACACGAGUGUAAGAUGGUAAUUGAUUUGGUUUUCUCGUCCAUGGGCAGGCAUCCAAGUCUUCGACUCCUUGUUUUUGUUCUUCUUGACACGUGGCUAAUUUCCUCACCGUGAAAGUCCUGCCACGUAUAGCAUGACAAGCAAGCUACAGCGUUUUCAGGUUAUCCGCAAUUUAAUCUCGGGUCAACAUGUGCCAUGCCAUGUCAUCAAAGGGUGUGGUGCUAACACGUGGUGACAGCAAGUGGGAGGAAAAGGUUCGCGCCGUGGCCACCAUUUCAAAUUUCUCAUUGCUUCCUUGGAUGAGGUGGAGACUGGAGUUUAGACUUGGGAGCGUUUUACAUUUCAAUUUUUCAAUCAACAAGUCAUUUCACUUGCUUUUCAAAUCUGAGCCCCUCUCGUUUCUGUGCCUGCCAGCUGCCCCAUUAUCUGUGGCAGAGAUUCAUUUGCAAAAAAUCCAGAAAUUGUGUUUGGAUGAAAUUCUUUCUGAGGAGGCUUUUAACUUGAUCAUCAUGCUACAGUGGCUAUCCCCACGCCCUCCAUGCAAUCGUGUCAAUUCAUUU